AUGGCAAGCCUUACACCCGAUAAUACUGAUGGAUUAACCGUCAAUAACGACAAUUUGUCACCCACAGCGUCCCACCACUCUGCGCAUUCAGUGAGACAAAGGAGAUCAUCCUCAAUCAUUCAGCAUCUUGAACCAGACACAUUGGAAACAAAAAUAGACCAAUCAUUGAACCCUAACUGGAAUGCCAAUUGGGUCCAUUUUAAAGGUGCUUGGAUUAUUCAUGUUGUCUUAAUUAUUUUCUUGAAGGUAUUUUUUAACUUUAUAUCUGUGUUAGACAACGAUUGGAAAUGGACGUUGACAAACGUUAGCUACGAUAUUGGAUCUUAUAUCAUGUUUCAUCAAGUUAAGGGAACUCCAUUCGAAUUUAACUCAGGGGCGUAUGACAACCUCACAAUGUGGGAACAAAUAGAUAAUGGUGACCAAUAUACACCAACAAAGAAGUUUUUAAUGCUAGUUCCCAUCGCUUUGUUCUUGAUUAGUACGCAUUAUUCGAAAUAUAAUUUAAACUUAUUCAUUUUAAAUGGUGUUAGUUGCUUAUGUGUUGUUGUUCCUAAGUUGGCCUUCUCUCAUAGGUUGAGAGUAACUUUGUACUGA